CAUGAUCCGAAAACGAACAGCCCUAUGACACAGGCGCACCGCUCUAAUUUUCUCAUAAAGACGGCAGCGGCCCAGCACGACGUGAGGAUUUUCACCACGUGGGAACCCGUCACGCCCCGCACCCCCUCGGUCCUUCCUCGGGCGCCUCCCCCCGCUAUCCGAGCACCACCGGUCCAAGACCGAAUGAUGGCGUAAAGCACUGGAAAACUGCACUUACGGCCAUUUCUUUCUUGCCCCGCGCAUCAUAACCUCACGUAUAGCCACGAAGAGUUGCGAUCGCAUCUUGUGUAUUUCCUCGUCUGGGCAGCAACGCGCAUGGGGGCUGGUACGCGUAGGUCUGGGCACUCUUCACCAUGACGACGCAGCCGAGACGUAAGGCUUGCGUGGAGUGCCGCCAGCAGAAGAUCCGCUGCGAUGUCGAGCAACACAAGACUCCACAUGAGCCAUGUAGCCGCUGUAAGAAGAUGAACUUGGAGUGCCGCAUUCUGCCUACGUCAACUCGCAACUUGCGGCAGACCAAGGCAGAAAUGCGCCGCGAACUUGAAGAGCUGAGAUGGAACAUGCGGCAAGGCGGCGGCGACCCUCUAUCUACUCCGGGAAGCCUGGGCGACGCAAGCUCGUUCAGAAGCCCUCACGAUCCAGCAAACGGAAGCUUUUCAAAUCCCAGUGCUCCUAGGACCGACGCAAGUAUGAGCCCAGCAUUGGAAAACGGGCCCAAUGCUGCGAAAGAUGCAAAACCGAUCGCAGCGGGACCCACGAUCUCACGAUCGCUAGACGGCUUUGUGGUCGAUGCACGAAAGAUCGAUGACUGCUUUGCGUUAUUUUUCACGCAAUAUCACCCGCUCCUCCCAAUUUUGGAAUCAUCACUUAGCCCGAACAGCGCAAACGGCUACUACGAACUAUCUCCUCUCCUUUUUUGGUGUAUAGUUGUCACGGGAGCACGGCAUUACCUCGAAGAUCGAAGCAUCCUCAACAAAGUGAGCCAGCUCAUAACGCCGCUAGCGUUUUCUUCAAUGGCUCUUCGCGCCGCACCAAUCUCGGUCAUACAAGGCCUGCUCAUCCUAUGCACGUGGCGGUUACCCACAAACUCCAUGUACAAGGACAUGACCCAUGUUUUAUGUGGCGCCGCAGUGCAUCUAGCCACGCAGAUUGGCCUGCACGUGACGGGCGUGGGCCAAGAUUUUGCUCGGACGCCAUUAAAAACAGACCAGGAACAGAAAAUCCUAAGGGCGAAGCUAUGGAUGCAGUGUGUCAUUGUGUCGAUACGAACAAGCUGUGCGGAAGGAAUCCCACCACUUGUAAUAGCAGAGUCGUUCUACGACGGAGACGAAAAGGAGCGAGAGGAUCUACUCGGUUAUCUGCCCCCGGAUCUGCAGUUCAAUCACCAACUGCACAUCAUCCUACACAAAGCUAUGGCGGCCAUGGCGAGAACAGAUAUAAAAACAGUCAACUGCGAUGCUAGAAACUUACGGUCACUGAUCACCAUAUUCGACUCGCAACUUUUGAGCCUGGCGGCUUCAUCGCCAAGCGAAUUGGAUUCCUUCCAAUUGAAUUGCGCGCGUAUUCAUGUGCUGGCUUUCCAUUUCUUUGCACACCCAGUCAACCCUGGACCGGACGCGGAGUCGCUCAGCCGCCUUUAUUCUCUAUGCAUAUCCACCUUACAGACCGCGCACGCAAUGACCCAACAAGCAAAUUUUGCUUUUAUCUCACAAUCCUUCAUCGACCGAACCGUUACACUUGCAGGCUUCGUCAUCCUCAAACUCACCCGCUCUCAUAUCCACCAACACUUUGACCUUGCUGCGGGCGAGCAGGCAUACUACAAUGCCGCGCAGUUCAGCAAGGCCACUUCUCUGCAAAACGGCGACCUUGGCGAGCGAUGCUGUCAGAUUCUAAAGGAUCUCUGGCAAAGCAACAGAGUGUUCAGGCGAAGAGACGGAAGCAUUGAAAGUCUGGGCAUACGAUUACGAACGCGCUUAAGCAUGAGCGUUUCAUUCGACAUGUUCUGGUACUGGCGGGAAGAGUUUGGCCAGAUGUACAACCCCUACAACGGCGAGGAAGGCCUCCCUGCAAAUGCCCGUUCGCGGCCCACGACCCCUGACUACGAAAGGGAAAUGACUCAGACAACAGCUCCAGGGAUGUCGCAGGCACACACAGUAACAGCCCCUCCACAACCCAUAAAAAUGGAUACACAUGGCCUGCCGCCGCAGUCAAUGGGCACGCAGUCGGCGCCGAUGAGUUUCGAUGGCGGAUGGGAUGGAGAGGCGUACAUGUUUCCGCCGAUGCUGGACCAGUUCCCGGAUUACGACUGGGCGGCUAGCUUUGACUUUUCGCAGGACCCGAGCCAGAUGCAGCACAUCCCGCAGAUGCCGCAGCCAUUACAGCAAUCGGUGGAUAUGGGACCUAUGAAUGCGGGACCGACAGGGUAUCAGUACGGAUGAAGAGCUGGAACUCCGAUUCCAGAAGUGCGAAGAUGAGAGUUAAGGGCGUGGGGAUGGGGACGGUUGUAUCAUUGGGGAGAGGGAGUUCCCGAUCAUGUCUGUCUUUUCAUGGAGCUUUACUACCCAAAUACGGCGCGGGACAAGAGCAAUAUCUUCUACCGACGGAGGACUCGUCAACACGUCCAUGGAGUCCACGCCAGCUACGCAAGAGUCUGAGAACAUAGUUCCUCUGGGCCGCAGGUAGCUCCGCGGUGUAGAAAUAAAGGCAGAAGGGGGAGAAGAGAACGUCGCCCUACAUUCCAGGUGUUCAACGGCGUUUUCACAUAGAAAGGGAAAUGGUGUACCACAAACCGAAAACAUACCAAGGGAGGCUAUCUGAGCGUGUAUUGACUCGGCCACGAUGGCUGCUGGAUUAGAAAAAUGUAAUGAAUGAAUCGAACAGAAGCGAUG